AUGACAACAACAUCAACAACAAAAAAAACAUCAACAACAAGGAACAACAGCAACAGCGAUAGCAGUUACAACAACAGCAGAAGCAGCAGCAGCAGCAGCAACAGCAACAACAACAGCAACAAGUCAACGACAGCAACAGCAUCAACAACAACAGCAGCAGCAGUAGCACACCAACAAAACAAAAUCUGCGAGACCCUUACAGCCGAUAUGAUUGUAGUGACGGAUAAUUCGGGUUCUGUUGGAUCUACCAAUUACGGCUUGGAAAAACAGUUUGUUGUUGAUCUUUUUAAUGAAUUGACGAUUGCACAAGAUGAUGUCAGAGUCGGUGUAAUCGAUUAUUCCACUAAUGUUAAUAGCCAAACGUUUGGAUUUUACGAUCCAUUGUAUGACACAAAUAUAGAGGUUAUAAAUAAAGUUAAUAGUUUUAGUUACACAGGCGGAUAUACGAGAACAGAUUUGGCAUUACUGGAAGCGUACGACAUGCUUGAUUCAGCCGGAAAUAGACCAGAUGUUCCAGAUGUCAUUGUUGUCAUCACAGAUGGUGAAACAAAUAAUGGAGGAAAAGAAAAUCUUGAUGACAUUGUAGAUUUAAUUAAAGCCGAUUUCGACGUUAAGGUAAUAGCAGUAGGAGUUGGUUCAUACGAUAUUUUUGAGCUUAACUACAUAGCAUCCGACCGGAGUCUCGUCUUUGAAGUAGACAGUUUUUCUGACUUGAAUGCUAUAGCGACUUUAGUUUGUGGCGCUGAUUCCGGAAGAUGUGAAUGUCCACCUGCACUUCCUAUACAGUACGAUGGAGAGUGCUAUGGAACAAGAGUUACAGACAGAUGCACAAAUGCAGCGGAUACAUGCAUAGAUUGUCAUGCAUCUUGCAACGGAACAGUGUGCGAUUGUGAUGAUGGUUAUUCUUGGAACGGAACUCACUGCGAUGGAACAAGAGUCACAGACAGAUGCACAAAUGCAGCGGAUACAUGCAUAGAUUGUCAUGCAUCUUGCAACGGAACAAUUUGCGAUUGUGAUGAUGGUUAUUCUUGGAACGGAACUCACUGCGUUGGAUCAGCAUUAUGUGACGAUUGUGGUUAUUCUCCUGACUCAUGUGAAGGCGACUUAGUUUGUGGCGCUGAUUCCGGAAGAUGUGAAUGUCCACCUGCACUUCCUAUACAGUACGAUGGAGAGUGCUAUGGAACAAGAGUUACAGACAAGUGCACAAAUGCAGCGGAUACAUGCAUAGAUUGUCAUGCAUCUUGCAACGGAACAGUGUGCGAUUGUGAUGAUGGUUAUUCUUGGAACGGAACUCACUGCGUUGGUGCGGUACUAGAUGCACCUUGUGAUACCUCACCUGACUCCUGUCAGGUCAAUGGUUUAGUGUGCGGAUCAACAUUCCGAUGUGAGUGCCCUGGGAGUGAAGUUCAAGUCGGCAACGAAUGUUAUUCCCUAACAUGCGGAGAAUGUGUGGUCGAUUCUGAUUGUCUUGACCCAAACCAGAUAUGUGUAGAGGUUAAUGGGGAGUCUAUAUGUCAGUGUAACGAUAGCUAUUACCUCAACACAACGUGUGGAGUUUGUAGUCCUAAAUUUGCGCUUGGUGAUUCUUGUACAUUUGACGGUCAAUACUGUACGGAUUUUUCGUCCGACAUUGUUUUUGUUACUGAUGCAUCUGGCUCAGUAAAGACAGCAAACUACCAGAAAAUUAAAGCGUUUGUACUGACACUGAUUAAUGCGUUUAAUGUAUCUCAGGAUGAAACAAGAAUCGGCCACGUGGACUAUUCAUAUGGCAUUAAUUCAUAUUUUUACCUCGACAUGUUUGAUAACAACUUUGAAGUCUCCCUGGAGAUAACUAAUUUGGUAUAUUCAUCAGGGACAACGAGAACUGACCUUGGCCUUGAUGUAGCCUUUGAUAUACUGACGCACACCGGUAACAGGCCAAAUAUCCCAAAUAUUGUACUUGUUCUUACUGACGGAGUAACAACUUCACCUUACGAUACUACCCAUUUGCCAACUAGUAUCGCUAACUUAAAAAGUAUUCCAGAUACCAAGAUUUAUGCUAUUGGUAUAGGAAAUUACAAUUACAACGAACUACUUUCCAUAUCAUCUGGUACCGACUAUGUAUACACUACAGCAACAUUCGAUACAUUGAAAAAUUUGGUCGAUGACAUAUUGUUCUCAAUUUGCAAUCCGUAA